AUGGGCCUGACAAUCAACAUCCCCAACCAAAAAACCUGCUACCUAGGCACGGACCCCGUAACAGGGACCGUGAGAUUCCAAACCUCCACGCCCAUCCCCCUCUCCGCCGUAAAAAUCACAUUCGCCGCACGCUCCAAAGCCAAGAUCCAAAAAGUAAAGGGCACCGGCGCGCCCGCCGCAACCUACCGAAGCAAAUGCAUCCUGUUCGAGCAGGAGCGCAUCCUGCGCCAACACUCCACCGGGGAGAAUCUCGCUCCGGGAUCCUACGAGUGGCCGUUUGAGUUUAUUUUCCCGAAUCAUGUCCAGCCGACGGCGUCCGCUUCGUCGCGGUGGCCGGAAAAGGUCCCCUAUCGCAAUGACGCGGGCCACAUGUGUCCCCCGUCCUUUGCGCUGAGUACAGGGGACGCGAGUCGGAAGUUGGAGUGCUGGAUUGAUUAUCGGCUCGAGGCGACGGUUCUCAAGCCCGCGGGGGGGAUCUUUCAGAGCAAGAAGGGGGCGGCGCUAUACACCGAAACAGCGAAGCUGAAUUUCCUCCCCGCGCUCGCGAAAUCGAUCACGCCCAACGAUCAAGAGUCCGCGGUGUAUCGGCACGAGAGGGAGCAGCUUUUCACCAUCCGGAGUAAGCUGCUGCAUAUGGAGAACCGCGGCCGCACGCUGAAAGUCAGCGAGAAGAUCUCGAGCUGGCUUUCCCCGGGCCAGUUACCGCGGUUUAGUUUCAAGGCGACGUUUCGGUAUCCGACAAGACUUAUCCAGGCGGAGCCGUUGACGUGUUCUCUGGAUGUCACGCCGUUUAUGGAGGAUAGUUCGGUCGCGCUUGCGCCGGAGAUUCUGUUGCAGAGUUUGAACAUCUACGUGGUUAGCGAGACGGGUGCACGGGCGACACCCUCACUCGUCGGAUCGAUGUCAGCGGAGAUCGAAGAGAAGAUCGAGGUUCUCUCGCGGACGGCGCUGGGGAUGCCGGUGUCCGGAACGAUCGAUCUCGCGCAGGUAUUUGGCCUGCUUGUUCUCCGGCACGAAAUCGUCUCCUUUGCGACGUUUAACAUCAGUCGCCGGUACAGACUUUGCGCGUCGUUUGUUUUCGAGUGCGUGGGGAAGACGAAUGAGUUUAGCUGUCCCGAUCUCCCGAUUGAGAUUAUCGCUGCUGCGAGCGCUGGUGCUGGUGCGGCUGCAGCUACUCCUCCCACGAGUCCGCAGGAAUAUGGCAAUCUGGACAUUGAACGUGGCGACGUGAAGGGCCGGGCACAUGUGCAGGCCCGCGGAUUUGCGGAGCUACCUACGAGGACUUAUAGCUCCGAGUCCUCUGCCGAGGACUUGUCGCCGAACGAUUACUCGGGCGACUGUGACUCGGAUGCGGCGCCGCCGGCGUAUACGCCUGCUUCGUCGUUGCCGUCGCCGGUUGAUGAGAAGAGGUCACAUUGA